GGACAGCCAGCUCCGCCCUCGCGUCUCUGUGCCAACCCGACGCCUGAACCGCCGCUCGCGGAAGACGCCGGAGCUGGACCAGCCGGCGAGGCGCGCCCGUCACCGGCAGCUUCCGAGCGAGUCCACGGCGGGACUCCGCCGGCAUGCAUGACGUCAGUGGCGCCGCCGGUCCGGCGCGGGCGACGGUGCUCCUCAGCAGGCUGGCGGCCGUGUUUGCGCAGCGGCGGCCGGCCGCCAGUCCUAUCUACGAGGCCGUCCGGGAGUGGGACGCGGAGACCGACUCGCCGACUCACCCCUCCCCCCAGCAGGGCGUGGGCGGGUGCGUCGCGAUGGCGCGCGUCGACAGCGGCCACGAGACGCUGGCCGACGACGACUCGCCGACGCCGACGUACGACAGCGACGGCGGCGACCUCAGCACGAGCCUGCCCGAGCAGCACGGCGGCGACCUCAACACGACGCUGUCUGAGCAGCACAUCUAUGAGGAAGUGGCGCACAGGGCGGCGCGCGCGCCGCCCAAGCUGCCCGCCAUCAGCGGUGUCCUGCAGAAUGCGGGUCCCGUGAUCCGGCCGGUGGCAUACCGGCCCACGCCGACGCACACGCCCUCGGCUACACCCACCCGCUUCGGCAGCGUGGAGCGCAUCAACAGGACGUCCCACUACGGCAGCGCACUGGAGCUGAAGGCGGCAGGACCGGCCGGCGUCGACCGCCGCGUCAACUCCAACAUGGCGCGCGCCCGUUACGAGAGCUUGGACAGCCUGCGCGCCGCCGCCGGGCCGCCUGUACUCGGCCGACGCGCUGCUGGACGAGUAGGCGCGCACGGCGCCGCCGGCGUCGUCUCCUCCACGCCCAGCCCGUCCGACUCGGGCGUGGCUGGGCUCGAGGCCAUCCUCCGAGAGCGCGACUCCGAGAUUAAUUUCCUGCGGGAGACCAUGGAGCAGAAUGAGCAGGUAAUAUUCUCAGUUUAUCAUGAGAAAGAGAAAACGUGGGAGAAAGAGCUGAGGAAAAUCAAGGCCAUCUACGACAACCGACUGAAAGCUAGCCAGCAGAGGGCCCUCAAGAUGGAGCAGAUGCUUACGAUGCAGACUUAUCAGCUACAGCAAGAGAAGCGGAAGCUGCGUCAGGAGACGGACGAGCUGCGCCGCGAUAAGGAUCAGACGGCCCGGCAGAACAAGGAGCUGAAGCAGGAGCUGACGGCGCUGCGCUCCCAGCUUGAGGACACCGAGUGGAGACUGUGUCAGAAGACAGGUGAGAUAUCGCUGCUGAAGUCGCAGCUGAAGGACUGCCAGGGCGAUCAGACCACACGCAGUCAUGAGAUGCUGCACAUCCGAGCACAGGUGCGCGAGUACGCCGCCCAGCUGGAGACCAAGGACGCCGACAACAAGCGGCUCCAGGCCGAGACGCAGGCACUCCGCGAGCAGGCCAUGGACCGCCGCUCGGACGAGACGAACGUGGUGAUCGGCCAGCUGCAGCGCGAGAUGGAGCGGCUGAAAACCGAGCUCAGCAUCGGCCGGGCGCAGGCACAGGCGCAGCGCGAGGGCUUCGAGGAGGAGCGACUCCACUGGCUCGACGAGAAGCAAAAGGUGGUAAACUAUCAGAAGCAGCUGCAGCUCAACUACAUGGAGAUGUACAAGCGGAACAAGAGCCUGGAACUAGAGCUGAGUAGCCGAGAGAGCAAGCUGAACUCGAGCGGCGAGUCGCAGUGCUGACAUGACCCGACCGCCUCGCCCCCCGUGCCAAAUGUGACUUGUUACGCUGCUCUGAUAUUAGUCGCGCGGGCGCCGCGCCGCCGCCCGAGGCGGGCGAGCAGACGGCUGUGGCGCGCGCAGCCAAGCAACGCGACGCCGGCAUGGGACGUGGGAGGCCAGGAGCGCCGCCGCGGCGCCCGCCCGCUCCGUGCUGACGUGCGGCGCGCGCUUACGCGUGUGAAGUGAUCGUGAUGGCGGAUUGUGACUGGACGUGCGUGCUGCUGUCUCUGAGCUCUUCACGUCUGGCUGAGGCCAGCGAAUCUGUGGACGUGUCCCAUUGACGGUAACUCUUAGACAGUCUAGUCAGUCUAGUAGGUUGUGUCCGCGAAGCUGGAGCUCCUAUUUAUUCUCGUUGUCAAUAAACGUGGAUCGGAACGUUCCGACUGUGCGUGUCGAGACAGGCCUGUUCGGACACGUUGUGCGCGCGCACCACUGUGUUUGGGGGUGGCUGCACACUCAGCCCACAUGAACCGUAUAGCUUCCAAAAAUACAGGCCACACCAAUGAGUGGCAUAACACACUCGGCUUCCAUGGUCCGUAUUGUUACCAAAAAUAAAGGCCACGCCAAUGAGGUGCAUCAUACAUC